GAACAGAGCAAGCGUUUACCUUGACUGUUCAAGUUAACGUCAACAAGUUGAUUCAUCGCUUAAACUGGUGCCAACAUGGAAAAUAACUGCACCUUCCUAUACUUUGCAUAUGGUAGCAACCUGCUGAAGGAGCGGCUGCAGCUCAGCAAUCCUUCUGCAACCGUAAACUGUGUGGCCAUGCUCAAGGACUUUAAGUUAGUGUUUGGGAACCAUAAAGGCCUUGCAAGUGACCGGUGGCAUGGAGGUGUGGCCACCAUAGAGCACAGCCCAGGGGAAGAGGUGUGGGGUGUGGUGUGGAGAGUUGACAAUUCUGAUCUGGAGUCUCUAGACAGUCAAGAAAAUGUGACAUUAGGUAGGUACAAUCCUGUGGAGGUAUCAGUGAACACAGAAGGCCAGGAGCUCAACUGUCGUACCUACAUAAUGAACAGCUGCGUGUACGCCCCACCAUCACCCCAUUACCUACAGGUGAUUGUGAUGGGAGCAGAGCAGAACGGCUUGCCAAGGGACUACCAGGAGAAGCUGAGAGCAAUCAAGACCAACAUGUAUGAGGGUCCUCUGCCCAUGAUGGCUGAACUAGAGAAAGCCAGAAGAAGAGCAAAGGAGAAGGCCAACCACCUCUCUGACGCUUGA